AUGGAUCCAGAAACAUUUGAGGAACAGAAACAUGCUUUCCUCAGCUGGUUCUCCCUGGUGACAGCCAAGGGACAGCUGACGGCGCAGUGCUACUCCUGCCUGGAGCAACUGGUGGCCAACCACGUGACGGCAUUCCUCACCAAGCUGGAGCUGGCCGCCUACAAGCUCAACGACGGCAAAGACGCGCUGCACAAGGACGCCGGGCUGUCGCGGCGCCGGCUGCAGUACGCCAAGACGACGCUGGGCGCCGGCCAGGUGGUGCGGCUCGUCGGCGUCUUCGAGGACGUGCACCGCGCCAGGGCGCCCCAGAGGCGGCUGUCGCUGGCGUCCCUCGGCCGCGCCCAGGCGCCCGCCAAGUACGCGCAGUGCGUCAACCACAAGAACCAGAUCGUGUUCAUCCCGCUGAGCACGACGGGCCAGUUCUAUGCCGUGAGCUGCGGGCCGGAUGAGCCCGACGACCUCCGCAUGCUGUACCAGGUGCCGCAGCUGCUGGCCGACUACCGCCUGCCGCUCAAGGUGCACCUGGUGUCGGGCGCCCUUCCCGCGCCGCGCCCGCAGGCCUUCACAGCAUAG